CGCAUUCAUAUAUAAGCUUACCAUUCCCCUUCCCCAUCGUCUCUCUCUCGACGUUCCUCGAGCCGACGGAAGGUAGAGCUUGAAGAGGUAAUAGACAGAAAAUGUCGGAGAAGACGAAGGGAAGAAAGGAGGAGGUGGUUACCAGAGAGUACACCGUCAAUCUCCACAAGCGCUUGCAUGGCUGCACCUUCAAGAAGAAGGCACCGAAUGCCAUCAAGGAGAUAAGGAAGUUUGCCGAGAAAGCGAUGGGCACAAAGGACGUGAGGGUUGACGUGAAACUUAACAAACAAAUAUGGAGCCGGGGUAUCAGGAGUGUUCCUAGACGUAUCCGUGUCCGCGUUGCCCGUAAAAGGAACGACGACGAAGACGCUAAGGAAGAGUUCUACUCUCUCGUCACCGUGGCUGAAAUCCCGCCUGAAGGACUGAGCGGCCUCGGCACCAAGGUCAUCGAGGAGGAUGAAUGAAAAAAAAAAGGGUAUAACCCAUGUGAAAGCAGGCUGCUAUUUGAGACUUUUGUCUUUUGAAGUUAUAAGCUCUCUGAAGUUUUGGUUUUUUGUUAUACCUUUGUUUAGGUAAUCAUCAUCUCCUGUUUUCCUUUGCAGUAACUUUUGGUAAUGCAGUUAUUUGGAGGACAAUGACUUAUCCAAUCUUGUUUGCUUUGAAAUUUCCCGUCUUUAUUCUGA